AUGAGCGAGCCCGAAAUCCACCUUUACGAGGAGGACGUGGUGAGUCUCCUCGACGUCGACGACGACGAAGACGAGGGCUCCACGCCUGAGACCCGAGACCGCCCAACCGAGGCCAAUGAGCUCAACCAACCAUCGAUAUUCGAUGAUCUGCUCCAAGAUUCGUCCGCGCCGGAUAUCCAUCCCAGCGUCCUUGCGGGACUCCAGCGAAUCUUCGAGGCGAAAGACAACAAAAAGCUCGCCGAUGAUCUCAACCUGGCAUAUCCGGAACCGCAGGGUUUGCAAUUUAUGCACCCCGAGCCGCUCCGAGACGUGGAGGCGCAUCUCAAGGCAAGCAAAGCCUUUCUCGCGCUAAAAGCUGACUCUCUCCUCGUCAAGCUCGCAGAGACUCACUCGUUGUUGGCCAGACCUUUGACCGAUGUCAUGUCCUAUGUGGCCACAGCCCCCUCGUCGCUGGACCACAAAUUCAUCGCCAAACGUCUCUCUGAUGCGGCGAAAACCCUGGUCAUUGCGGUCAAGGCAACGGAGGCUGCGCGUGUCGAGCUCGCCUGUCAGGCUUUCCGCGUCCCGACGUCUACGGCAAAGACCGAACGAGGUUCGUCACUCCUCGGACAGUCGUUCGCAAAAAAUGUCGAGAGGUUGCGCAAAGACAAAAAAGUCUUGCUAGGGGAGGAAUCAUCGAACAGCCAGCGAUACCGGCCCUACAACAAACCCAACAACAACAACGACCGCAACGGUCCCAGGAAGCCAUGGAAGCCUUCCAAUCGGAACGACUGGCCCCGCGCGGGAACAUCCGGUCAGCGUCACGGCUCGUCCAGAAAUUCCGGCCCUUCGACUGCGGCUGACAGCAGCCAACCACCUCCGCCAGGUACCCCUUUCCGGUCCUUACUAAGUUGUACAUCUCAAUGGGACUCUUUAACGUCCGAUGAGUGGAUCUUGAGCACGGCGCGCGGAUACCGAAUUUCUUUCCUUACCACACCCUGUCAAUUGUCUCGGCCACACCCGAUUCAUUUCUCGCACGAAGAAUUCGACAUAGUCGAUAAGCUGGUCUCCGAAUUGCUGGCGAAAGGGGCUGUUGUCCCUAUCUCACCUGACCGCGCGAAAUUCGUUUGCAACCUCUUUCUCGUCGCGAAGAAGGGCACCUCGAAAUACCGACCGGUGAUCAACCUCAAGCCGCUGAACCAGUACAUCCCAGAUAACAAAUUUAAGAUGGAGGGCUGGGCGGAGAUCAAGGAGGCCGUCGAGCUCAACUGCUAUUUCGCGCGUAUCGAUUUGAAAGACGCGUUCCUUUCCAUUCCAAUGCACGCAUCGAGUCAGCCCUACCUCGCUUUUGGUUGGAGUCAACAGACUUACUGUUGGACACGCUUGCCUUUCGGCCUCAAAACGAGCCCUCGAGUCUUCACGAAAAUGCUCAAACCCGUCGCCUCCAAGCUGCGCCAACAAGGGGUUGUAGUCAUCGUAUACCUUGAUGACUUUCUCCUCAUGGCUGACUCCCCCGCGCGCCUCGCGGACCACGUCACUACAACGACGGAUCUCCUUACCUCGUUAGGCUACACAGUCAACUUUGAGAAGUCCGCCCUCAGCCCUUCUCAGCGCGUCACUUACCUCGGUUACGAGAUCGAUUCAACCACCAUGCAGCUCUCGGUACCCCCGGAGAAACGCGAGCAGAUCAAACGUGACAUUGAAACUCUGCUUAAAACUCCCAGAGUCAGUCUUCGUACGCUGUAUCGUAUCCUCGGGAAGCUAAACGCGCUCACGACCAUUGUCCGCUCGAUUCGAUACCAUUGCUCGUCUCUCGCACACAUCGUCUCCGCAACCACCCGACGCACUAAAGACCUCGAAUCCUUGGUCCUACUCUCUCCUGAGCUCCGCUCAGAUCUGCUCUGGUGGACAACGCAUCUGGACACAGUCGCGUCCGGACCGAUUCGGCCACCGUUGGUUGCGUUGGAAGUCACGACGGAUAGCUCUCUUCACGGCUGGGGCGCAUGGUGCGCUCAUGGCGCCGCCGGUGGCGAGUGGAACGAGCGCGACCAUCUUCUACACAUAAGCGCUUUAGAGCUCAAAGCAAUCUUUCUUGCGGUGCAGCGGUUGGCCAGAAACUACUCCAAUACUUCUAUCGCAAUCCGCACGGACAAUACGAAUGCAAUGCAUUGUAUCAACAACUUUGGAUCUAUACGGUCAACCACCCUAAACGCCUUAUCACGGCAACUCUGGUCCUGGGCUUUCGAACGAAAUGUUUACCUCAGAGCUACCUACCUCCCGGGAGUUCAGAACGAGCUCGCGGAUUUGUUAUCCAGGACGGUUCUCGACAAUCAUAGCUAUUCGCUACGGCAAGCUUCGUUCGACAUCUUGAACUCGGCACACGGGCCGUUCGAUAUCGAUCUGUUUGCUGAUUUUUCCAACUAUAAGGUGUCAACUUACAUCAGCUGGGUCAAGGACCCGUUCGCCUUCAGCAUCGAUGCUUUCUUGUCCCGAUGGGACUCUUGGAGCAACCUCUAUGCUUUUCCACCCUUCAAAUUGAUUGAUCGUACACUCACCCAUCUGGACUUGUUCCCGAUUUGCGAGCUUACGCUAAUAUGCCCUCUUUGGUCAACACAGCCCUUCUUCCCACGGCUGCUUCAACGCUGCAUCGAUGUACCAUUGCUUCUCCCAACGGGCGAGGAUCUCCUUCUAGAUCGGACGGGGUCCCCCCACGCGCUCGUAGUAGCACAGAAGCUUCGGCUGGUCGCAUGGCGCCUAGCGCCCCUAUCCUCUCGCGAGAAGCGAGUAACUUUCUGGAAAACGCUAUCCGGCCCAGUACCCGCACAGCAUACAACUCCUGCUGGCGCCAUUGGGUUCGUUGGUGCGAGAAGCGAAAUUCCCCUAUUCUUGAAGCCUCUGUGA